GCCACGUACUUGACGUCACUCCCUGCAUCAUUUUGGCUUGAAUAGUUGUACGUCUCAAUAUAUAUACUCCGUAUAUGAUCAAAAAUUGGAUAAGAAGCCAUAGCAAUAAACCUUUCAGAGUUCAAACAACAGAGACGACUAAAGCAUUUUCCAGAAAAGAAGAAAUGGCAAUGACGGUAUGCGUAACUGGAGGGUCGGGCUUCAUCGCCUCCUGGCUCAUCAAAAACCUUCUCCGCCUCCAGUACAAUGUUAAUGCCACUGUUCGUUAUCCUAAUGAUCCAAAGAAGGUGGGUCACUUGUUGUCACUGGAAGGGGCAAAGGAGAGGCUUAACUUGUUCAAAGCAGAUUUAUUGGAAGAAGGGUCUUUUGAUGCUGCAAUUGAUGGCUGUGAUGGUGUCUUCCACUGUGCUUCUCCCUUCUUCCUUCAUCACACCCCUGAUCCUCAAGCGGAUUUGAUUGAUCCAGCUGUGAAGGGAACACUGAAUGUGCUAGGAUCGGUUACCAGAAAACCGUCUGUUAAAAGAGUUAUAUUGACGUCCUCUGAAGCUGCAAUCGCUUUCAACCGGAAUCCGCGAACUGCUGACACAGUCAUUGAUGAGACCUGGUGGUCAGACCCAGAUUAUUGCAGAGAAAACAAGAUGUGGUAUGUGCUCUCAAAGACAUUGGCCGAGAAGGCAGCAUGGGAGUUUGUCAAAGAGAGAGGCAUUGACUUGGUUUCAAUUAACCCGCCGUGUGUGAUUGGUCCCAUGCUUCAACCAUCACUCAACACUAGCUCUGCUAAUGUUUUGAGCUUAAUAGACGGUGCUGAAACAUAUCCAAACGUGGCAUAUGGGUGGGUACAUGUCAAAGAUGUUGUGGAUGCUCAUAUAUUAGCAUUUGAGAAACCCAAGGCUAAUGGAAGGUACUAUGUUGCGGAGAGAUGCGCUAACCCCCUCGAUCUUAUUGCAAUACUCAGUGAACUUUACCCUAAUCUCAAAUUUCCUCAAAGGUGUGCAGAUGGAAAUCCGCCUGUGCCAGCAUACAAAGUGAAUAACAAAAGAGCAAAGGAACUUGGGGUUGUGCUCACUCCUCUCAAACAGGCCCUUAAGGAGAGUGUUGAAAGCUUGAAGGAGAAGGGCUUCUUGAAACACUAAAGAACGAAAGGCACCAGAAAGAAACUUAGUGUUCGAUACCUUUGUGGGCAAUUGUUAUACGUGACAGCAAAGCUUGAUUAGCCGGCAAGCGGGAUGCCUAGUAUUUGUACAACAUAUAAGAUAAUUGUGUAACAAAUAAGGGGCAAUGACAUUAUGAGAUAUACAUGGAGUAAUGAUUUUUGCAAAAACUGGUAGUUGUGGUUGUGGUAUGAAAGCAUGUCUUGGCCAAUUGUGAGUGAAAUUGUGAUAUAACCAACCUUUGUUUUACCAACUGAAUUUUAGAAAAGCAACGGCAAUGUGCCUCACUAUGGCUUAAUCUAUUGCUAACAUUGAAU